AUAUUCAAAAGGAAGGAUAAUGGAAGGGCUGUAUACAAAUUUUUUGUUUUCGCAACACCUAGCACUUGCUGAGUACGUCAUCUGUGGAUGGUUGAGUCAGUAAACUAAAGGCAUGGUUUACUUUCCCAAGAGUCUUCUCUUACAAUAGCACUAGCUAGUCAACAGGCAGUUACUACCAAAUAUUCUUGUCUUUCAUACAAGAUUUCUGUUGUUUGCUUUAUUUUCUACCUCUCCUCUCCCUCCCCAGAUCUUUCUUGCUAGCAUUCCUUUUUUUCUCUCGAUGAAAAUACAAUUCAGAGUUUAGGUUGAGGCUUGAAGAUUAUAUCCAUCCUUCAUGUAUUUUAGCCAAGAAAUGCCUUUUCAUCGCUUUGAACAAGUGUAUAAUUUAUCACUCUCGUUUUGUUGCGGAAGCUAUAAACAGAAGAGGUAAUAAGCCUUUAUUUAUGCCGCUGUACUCUCCUUUCUUGCAUUCUAUAGAAGAGUAUCGGGCGAAAAUUAAAAGUAAUAUUAAAAGAAACCCGUUGGAUAAGGAGAACGAGCUUACGUCUCGUAUCGCUAAGGCCUGCCAGACAGUUACCGUCAGCCAUCGUCAAGGCUGGAUUAGACAUUCAGAAGUCUUUUGGGAAAGAUGUACCAGCAGAGAAAUAGGAUUGAGAUAACCUUACAAUUAAUUGUAUCGUCUCAAAUAAAGUUACUUUGUCUAAAAAAAUAAUGAAUUG